AUGUCGCAGAAUUCGCAACGCAAGUCCGACAAUAAGGUCGAAGGCCGGGUUCACGUGCCUGGCACUGAGAUAUUGUUUGACAAAAAUGAUGGCAGUAUCUCUGGUCAGAUUCAUCUGUUGACGCAUCGAACAUCUGGUGAGGGGCGCAUGUUGUUAGUCCCUCAACCUUCGAUGAACGACCCGAACGACCCUCUGAGCUGGUCCACCACCAAGAAAAGUUUGACCUUUUUCAAUGGCUGUUGGUUUGCCUUUAUGGGCGCCAUUACAGGUCCAAUCAUGGCAGCUGGUAUGAACCAGCUGUCCGUGACCUUUGGAAAGUCCCUUCAGACAUUGACAUACGCAAACGGGGCUUGUCUAAUCAAUCAAGGUGUAUGGAACGUGGUUUGGAUGCCAUUUGCUGUCAAGUAUGGCCGUCGUCCAAUCUACAUCUUCUCGAACCUCCUUAUGGGCAUCGCCUGUAUUUGGCUGGCUAUUGCAUCUAACAAAACAUACACCCUCUUUUUGGUUGGGCGUGCCUUCUUAGGUGCUUUCCAGGCACCUAUCGAGUCUAUUGUUCCCUCCACAGUGACCGAUAUGUUCUUCCUGCAUAACCGCGGCGAACUCGUGGCUAUCUAUGGUUUGGCUGUACUUGGUGGUAAUGAACUUGGUCCGAUGUUCUCCGGUUUCAUCGUGCAGGCAUUGGGAAUGAACUGGGCCUUUUGGAUUGUGGCUAUCUUUAUUGCUGCCAAUUUAGUCUGCAUGUUUUUCUUCAUGCCCGAGACCAAGUUCAGUGGACCCAGGCCUGACCCAUUCAUUGCAAACCGAACAGCUGAGGACUCCGAUCAGAAGGAAAAGGUUCUGGUUGAGGAAUCAAGCACUAUUCCAAAAAAUACAUCUGUGGAAGAACUUAAGUUCUGGAGCAGUGGAGACCCAGAUGUGAAUCUCAUUCAUGUCUUCCUCCGUCCAUUUGUGCUCCUGGCAUAUCCCACAGUCGUCUGGUCAUGCUUCGUUUACGGAAUGGCAUUGAGUUGGAAUGUUAUUCUCGGUGCUUCCGUUGCACAGCUUUUCUCUCCUCCGCCUUAUGGGUUUAAUUCCAACGCACAGGGCCUCUUCUUUCUAUCGCCAUUCAUUGGGUCCAUUUUUGGAGUCUUUUUCUCAGGUCCAGGAGGUGAUUGGAUCGCCACUUUCUUCACUACAAAGAAUCAUGGAGUUCGCGAGCCAGAGAUGAGACUGCCGACAUGCUUAUUGGCGGCAUUUUUUACGUUCUUCGGAGCACUCUGGUUCGGGCUAUCGUAUGAGCACCAAAUGCAUUGGGCUAUGCCUGUCGUGGGGGCCGGUAUUUUGUCGGUAGGAAGUCAGAUGGGUACCACGCUAGGAAUGAAUUAUGCCUUGGAUUGCCACAAAGAGCUUUCUGUUGAGAUCAUGGUCACCAUUGCUGCUUUGAAGAGCUGUAUCGCUUGGAUUUGGACCUGGGUGAUUAAUGACUUCAUCACGGCCAGUGGCAUUUUGAGUGUUUUCAUGACGGUGGCCGCCAUCAAUGUCGCCAUAUACCUGGCCUAUAUUCCCCUCUACCUCAAGGGCAAGGAAAUACGCAUCUGGCUCUACCGGAAGAAUUUUCUCCAGGCUGCUGGUCUGAUGUAA